AUGCCUAUUACAGCCUCAUUCAAUCCCUCCUCUAUUCCCACUAAACACGCUGAAUGGCAUUCGGCACCCUACCCACAGAAUAGCCAUUCCUCACGUCUCAGUUUCAACUUUACCCUUCUCGCUUCCUCAGAUAGGCUUCAGAUGGGUGAAGUAGUCUCUACAAUUCCAACGAUUGGGUUUAAUGUAGAGACUGUACAAUACAACAACAUCAAGCUUCAAGUAUGGGAUUUAGGUGGUCAAACAAGCAUGAGGCCAUAUUGGAGAUGCUAUUUCCCAAAUACACAAGCAAUAAUUUAUGUUGUUGAUUCAAGUGACACUGAUAGAGUUGGAAUAGCCAAGGAAGAAUUAUAUGCCAUUUUAGAGGGGGUGACACAAGCAAUUAUUCGCUCUGUUAUUGACUUUAAGAGGGACCCAUGGCCUAAGGUUUUAGACACCGCAAAAGACCUUGUAAAGAAAAUGCUUAAUCCUGAUCCAAAGCAGCAUCUUACAGUAUAG